AUGGCGGACACGACCCAGGCUCCUGUUAACGGCACUUACGCUGCUCCUCCCUCUCAUUAUGCCGACGCCUACAUGUCGCAUGCCACCAUGAAUAACGCAGGUGGUAGUUACCAUCCUGUACCCGCCUCCACACCAUCAAAUGCACCGGCCUCCGACAAUAAGAAUGACAUCCCAAAGGACGAGGUCGGUUGGUACUUCGUUGAACAGUAUUAUACCACCAUGAGCCGCAACCCAGAGAAGCUUCACUUGUUCUAUUCACGUCGCUCACAGUUUGUCUCUGGCAAUGAAGCUGAUGCCGUCCCCGUUAUUGUGGGUGCAAAGGCCAUCAGUGACAAGAUCAAAGAACUUGAUUUUCAAGAUUGCAAAGUCCGUGUUCUGAACGUCGAUUCUCAAGCUUCAUUUGACAAUAUCCUCGUUGCUGUAAUUGGAGAAAUCUCCAACCGCUCCGAGCCCUCUCGCAAAUUCACUCAGACCUUUGUUCUCGCCCAACAGCCAAACGGCUACUAUGUCUUGAACGAUAUUUUCCGAUACCUUGCAGAUGAAGACGAAGAUUUCGUUCCUGAGGAAGAAGUCGCAGCUGUUGAGCUUGAGGUGCCUGUCGAACCUGAGACUGCAGCAGUCACCAAGGAGGACGAAGCACCUGAGACUGAGGAGGCUGCGGUCCCAACUGAACCGGCUGCAGCUGAGACUGAUGCCGAGGCUGUUGGAACUGUUGCUGCUGGCAGUGAACCUGAGAAGGUUGAAGAACCCGCAGCUCCUGCACAGAUUAAUGGCGACGCUGCUCAUGAAAAGGCCGCUGUUCCUGUUACUCCUGCCGUACCUGUUGUUCCCACUGAAACCGAGACUCUCAAACCCGAGAAGCCACAGACCCCAGAGCCCACGCCUGCCGUUAACCCUCCUCAGGAAUCUGCCCCAGCUGCGAAGAAGGAGGCUGCUCCUGCUAAGGCUGUUCCUAAGACAUGGGCUACCAUCGCCUCCAACAACCGCGCCUCUGCUGCUGCUGCUGCCGCCGCCGCUGCUACUCCUGCUGCACCUCAGCCAAAACCAACAGCUGUAGCAACAUCGUCUCAACAAGCAGCUCAGCCACAGCAGGAACAACCUGCCACAGCAUCUCCAACUGAGGUUGUUGCUACUGGCAGCCAGGCAGCGCCGAAUGAUGGAGCCGGAUGGCAGACUGCUGGUCAUGAUCACGGCAAGAAGCAGUCACGUACUGAAGAGAAAUAUUCGGCAUACAUCAAGAAUGUCACCGACAAGGUUGAUGCUGCUCUUCUGCGAAGCGUGCUUGCCCGUUUCGGAAAGCUAAGUCACUUUGAUGUCAAUCGCGCAAGGAACUGCGCUUUUGUCGACUUUGCCGACCAGGCUGCAUACAAUGCUGCUGUCGCAGCCAACCCUCACCAAAUCGGAAGUGAACAAGUUACUGUAGAAGAGCGACGGGUUCGCUCCGGUAACUUUGGCAAUGGUUUUGCAGCCGGUCGUGGCGGUGGCAGCGGUGCUAACCGAGGUGGUCGUUCCGAUGGUCGGGCUGGCAGCCAGGGUCGCGGUGGCAGUGGCUUCCAACGCGAGCAGGGACGAGGUGGAUUCGCAUCUCGCGGACGAGGCGGUAGCAACGUCAACAAGGGACGUAGCCAGGCACAGGCUGCUUAA